AUGUCGACCUCGCAAAAUCGAUCCCUGAAAUUGGAGCCUGUCUCCGGCAGUCAGCACGCCGUUCGGUUGACCAUAUCAAACCCGCCCAUCAACCUCACCAACUCGGUACUUCUCGCAGAACUCCAUGGAUAUCUCACCUAUCUCGAGAGCAACCCGGACAAAGCGCCCAAGGUGGCCGUCAUUUCAAGCGAUCACGCCGACAUUUGGGUAUCUCACCUCGACCUCCAUAUCGUCAGUGCACAAUACCCCUUGCCAUCGAGUGAAGGCGAAUCCGGUCAUUUUCUCCACCUGCUAGGCCAUAUACUUCGACUUUUCAGGACGUUUCCUGUCUUGUUUGUCGCAGAGGUCAAUGGUUUAGCCGUCGGCGGUGGCAAUGAAUUCGCUGUGAACAUGGACAUGCGUUUUGCUGGACCAGCGGCACGAUUCGGGGUACCUGAAGUAGCAGGAGGCAUUGUCCACGGCGGCGGACUGCAGAGUCUGACCAAGUUGAUUGGGCCUGGGCGAGCAUUGGAGAUGAUGACAUCUUCUCGAGCCCUAACGGCUACAGAGGCAGAGAAGUAUGGCCUUGUCAAUCGCGCGUUCAGCACAGCGAACGAGCUCAGGAAAUAUGUCGACGCUCUCGCCGCGAGGAUCGCCAAGUUUCCUCAAGGUGGUAUCGCCGGCACGAAGCAGGGUGUACGAGAGUGCUUGGAUGGCGUGGGCUCCGUGAACACGGACAUGCAGCGUUUGGGACAGCUUGCUCAUACUGGAGAUGCUCAAGGCUCCAUCAGCAAGUUGAUCGAGUUUGGGGGAGAUCAGUCGAAGGGUGACUUUGAGCUGGGGCUACCAGACACUGCGGAUCAGCUUUGGGUCUGA